GGCUCCAAAGGUCCAGUCACUUUUUCUCAGUGCUCCUGAAACACCCAGGGACAGCCAUAGAAAAGAAAAGACUAUGAGAUGGCUAGGAAGCUCACUGUUUUGGAAGUCCUUCUGAUCACCAUCGUGACUGCAAUAAUUGCAAACAUUCUGUUGCUGAUUUUUGCGUUGCAGUAUCAUUCAGAUUCGUUUACUCCAGAGUGCCCUGCGAUCCCCCAAUCAGAACGGAUAGACUGCUUACCUCAUCAGACGGUGACAGAGGAUAUAUGCAGAAGUAGAUAUAAGUGCUGUUGGGAUCCUGUGGCAGAUACCAAUUCCUCUAGGUGUUUCUUCCCUAGGAACUGGGGCUAUGAAUUCAGCAGUGUCCAUAGCAAUACUACCACAGGGUAUACUAUCCGGUUAAAAAAGAUGCCAUCCCCAAAGCUAUUUGGAAGUGAUGUUACUGAAGUCUCCUUCACAGCAAAAUUUCAGACGUCCAAUCGUUUUAACUUUAAGAUUACUGAUGCCAGUGAGAGUCGUUAUGAGGUACCUCGUGAAAUCAUCCAGUCCAAUAAUGAGACUGCUAAUACUUCCAGUUUGAGCUACCACAUUGAAUUCACCAAAAAGCCCUUCAGCAUCAAAGUAAUGAGGAUGAGCAACAAAAGAGUCUUAUUGGACACAAGCAUUGGGCCCCUCCAGUUUGCCCAUCAGUACCUGCAGCUGUCUUUCCGCCUACCCAGCUUCAACGUGUACGGGUUGGGGGAACACGUGCACCAGCAGUACCGCCACAACUUGGACUGGAAAACCUGGCCCAUCUUCACGCGGGACACAGCCCCCACCGCGGGCCUAAUCAAUCUAUAUGGAGCACACACAUUCUUUUUGUGCCUUGAAGAUACCAGUGGCUUCUCUUUUGGAGUUUUUCUGUUGAACAGUAAUGCUAUGGAGGUUGCGCUUCAGCCUGCACCUGCUGUCACAUACCGCACAAUUGGAGGCGUUCUUGAUUUUUAUGUGUUCCUGGGAAACACUCCAGAGCAAGUGGUUCAGGAAUACCUGAAGCUUGUUGGACGACCAUUCCUGCCUUCCUACUGGAGUCUUGGGUUCCAGCUUAGUCGCAGGAAUUAUGGUGGCAUUACUGGAUUGAAAGAGGUUGUUGACAGAAAUCGUGAAGCUAAGAUCCCUUAUGAUGUCCAGUACUCAGACAUAGACUACAUGGAUGGAAAGAAAGAUUUCACUAUUGAUGGACAAGCUUACGCCAACCUUUCAGAUUUUGCCAAAGAAUUACAUGAGAAUGAUCAGAAAUAUGUAAUUAUCAUGAAUCCUGGCAUCUUUAAGAACGACACCUACAUGGUCUACCACAAUGGAAGUGUAAAGAGAGCGUGGGUCUUGGAAAGCAAAGGCUUUGCCAUUGGGCAGGGCUAUCCAGGGCAAGUAGUCUUUCCUGAUUUCAGCAAAUCCGAUUGUACCCAGUGGUGGAAAGAGCAAUUCACUGACUUUCAUAACCAAUUGGACUUUGAUGGAGUAUGGAUUGAAAUGGAUGAAGUCUCUAGUUUACCUCAAGAUUCUAGUCAACAGUGUGAAUUAAACAUCUUGAACUUUCCUCCUUUUGUUCCUAAAAUCCUGGAUGGUUUUCUGUUCUCCGGGACCCUCUGCAUGGACACAGAGUUUCACGAGGGCUUUCACUAUGAUGUCCAUAGCUUGUAUGGCUACUCCAUGGCAAAAGCUACCAAUGUGGCCAUGGAGAAUAUUUUCCCCAGUACUAGGAACUUCAUCUUAUCUCGUUCAACUUUUGCUGGAUCUGGAAAAUUUGCUGCUCAUUGGUUGGGAGACAAUGCAGCCACGUGGGAUGACCUCCAGUGGUCAAUUCCCAGUAUCCUUGAGUUUAACUUGUUUGGUAUUCCCAUGGUUGGUGCUAACAUCUGUGGUUAUACAAGAAAUGUCACAGAAGAGCUCUGCAGAAGGUGGAUGCAGCUAGGAACAUUUUAUCCAUUAUCAAGAAACCACAAUGGGCUUGAUUUCCAUGACCAGGACCCAGCUGCCUUUGGUUUUGACUCUCUGCUAUUGAAUUCCUCCAGACAUUAUUUGAAUAUCCGCUACACAUUGCUGCCCUAUCUCUACACCCUCUUCUACCGUGCUCACACUCUGGGGGAGACAGUAGCAAGGCCCGUGAUGCAUGAGUUCUACCAGGACCCAGCCACAUGGGAUGUGCAUGAGCAGUUCUUAUGGGGACCUGGACUCCUCAUCACACCUGUUUUACAUGAAGGUGUGGACCAUGUGAAAGCAUACAUACCAGACGCCAUCUGGUAUAACUAUGAGACUGGAGUGCCUGUUCAGCAGAGGAAACAGUUUAUGGAUAUGCCACUCCCUGGUGACAGGAUAGGGCUCCACCUUCGAGGGGGCUACAUAUUCCCCACCCAGCAGCCAAACACAACCACAGCGACAAGUCGAAAGAAUCCUCUGGGACUCAUUGUUGCCUUGGACUAUAAGAGAGAAGCAAGAGGAGAGCUGUACUGGGAUGAUGGUGUCUCUAAAGAUUCUGUAGAUGAAAAGAAGUAUAUUAUGUAUGAUUUCUCUGUUACUUCUAACCAUCUUCAGGCAAAGAUUACAAACAAUAAUUACAUGGACCCAAACAACCUCAUGUUUACAAAUAUCACAAUCUUCGGAAUGGACAAGGAGCCAGCUAACUUUACUGUCUUAUCUAACAGUUCUACCAUCCCCAUUUCAAGCAUUGUCUACAAUGCUUCAACACAGGUGGUGACCAUCACUGAUCUCAGGGGACUGGUCCUGGGACAAGAAUUCUCCAUAGAAUGGAAUCUCCCAGUCAGUGACCUAGAGAAGUUCAGGUGCUAUCCAGACAACCUUACUUCUGAGGAGAGCUGCAGGCAGCAGGGGUGCCUCUGGGAGCACACUACUACUCCUGGCGUGCCCACUUGUUACUAUGACACCAUCCCUCGCUAUGCUGCCAGUAACAUUCAGUACCUGCCCACAGGCAUCACCAGUGACCUUACCUUCCUGGGGACCCCAGCAUCUGCAAAGGCAACAACAGCUCCACUGUCAGCAGCAGCAACUUCUAUUGUCUCUAAUCCUCUCUCUGGAGAGAUCAGCUCCCUCAAACUGAAUGUGGUCUAUCACACAGAUAGUGUCCUGCAGGUCAAGAUGUAUGAUUCCACUAAUAAAAGGUAUGAGGUGCCAGUACCUCUGAACACUCCUUCCUCACCAGUCGACUGCUCUGAGAACUGCCUGUAUGAUGUCAGGAUUCAGACCAAUCCUUUUGGAGUCCAGGUUCUGCGCAGAAGUUCUGGUACUGUGAUUUGGGAUUCUCAAGUUCCUGGCUUCAUCUUCAACGACAUGUUCCUUUCCAUUUCCACUCGCCUCCCCUCUCAAUAUAUCUAUGGCUUUGGGGAAACUGAGCACACGAUGUUCAGAAGAAACAUGAGCUGGAACACAUUGGGGAUGUUUGCCCGCGAUGAUCCAUCAGCGUAUGAGAAGAAUUUCUAUGGUGUCCAUCCUUACUACAUGGCGUUGGAAGAGGAAGGCAGUGCCCAUGGAGUGCUCCUGCUGAACAGCAAUGCCAUGGAUGUGACAAUCCAGCCCACUCCUGCCCUCACAUACCACACUGUAGGAGGGAUUUUGGACUUUUAUAUAGUUUUGGGGCCAACCCCUGAGCUUGUGACUCAGCAAUACACUGAGUUGAUUGGUCGACCAACAAUGAUUCCAUACUGGGCUUUGGGAUUCCAGCUGAGUCGCCAUGGAUACCAGAGUGAUUCUGAAAUUUCCAGUUUGUAUGAUGCAAUGGUGGCGGCCCAGAUUCCCUAUGAUGUCCAACAUGUAGACAUCGAUUACAUGGACCGGAAGCUGGACUUCACCCUCGGCCCUAGCUUUCAAAACCUUGGUCUCUUGAUUGAGCAAAUGAAGAAAAAUGGCACGAGAUUUAUUCUCACUCUGGACCCAGCCAUUUCUGGCAAUGAGACACAUUAUCACACGUUCACUAGAGGACAGGAAAAUGAUGUGUUCAUCAAAUGGCCUGACACCAAUGACAUUGUCUGGGGAAAGGCUUGGACAGAGCUGCCCAAUAUGAAUAUAGAUGAAUCCCUUGAUCAUGAGACUCAAGUUAAGCUGUACCGGGCCCAUGUUGCUUUUCCUGACUUCUUUCGUAAUAGAACAAUUGCAUGGUGGAAGAAGGAGAUACAAGAGCUCUAUGUAAACCCUCAAGAACCAAAGAAGAGCUUGAAGUUUGAUGGAUUGGGGAUUGGUAUGAAUGAGCCAUCAAACUUUGUGGAUGGAUCUGUUGAAGGCUGCCGCAGUGAAAUUCUCAAUAACCCACCCUACUUGCCAUAUUUGGAAUCUAGAGACAAAGGCCUGAGCAGUAAGACCAUGUGCAUGGAGAGUGAGCAGAUCCUGCAGGAUGGCUCUCUGGUGCGACACUACGACGUCCACAGCCUGUAUGGGUGGUCCCAGACCAGGCCCACCUAUGAAGCUGUGCAGGAGGUGACAGGACAGCGGGGAAUUGUCAUCACCCGUUCCACAUUCCCCUCUUCUGGUCGCUGGGCAGGACACUGGCUGGGAGACAACAUGGCCGCAUGGGACCAGCUGAAGAAAUCGAUCAUUGGCAUGAUGGAGUUCAGUCUCUUUGGAAUACCUUAUACAGGAGCAGACAUCUGUGGGUUCUUUGGAGAUGCCGAAUAUGAGAUGUGUAUUCGCUGGAUGCAGCUGGGAGCCUUUUAUCCAUUUUCCCGGAACCGCAACACCAUUGGGACCAGGAGACAAGAUCCUGUAGCCUGGAAUUCAACCUUUGAGAGAUUUGCAAGAAAAGUCCUGCAGACCAGGUAUACCCUGCUGCCUUAUCUCUACACUCUGAUGCACAAGGCUCACACCGAAGGCAGCACUGUUGUUCGAUCCCUGCUCCAUGAGUUUACAGAUGACAGAUCAACUUGGGAUAUAGACCAUCAGUUUAUGUUAGGCCCUGCCAUCUUGGUCAGCCCUGUGCUGGAAAGUAACAUUUUUGAGAUCAGGGCUUACUUUCCCAGAGCCUGGUGGUAUGACUACAGCUCGGAAUCUGGCCACAGAUCUACAGGUGAUUGGGAAAUACUGAAGGCUCCCCUUGACCACAUCAACCUUCAUGUUAGAGGAGGCUACAUUCUGCCUUGGCAAGAGCCUGCAAUUAACACCCACUCCAGUCGACAGAAUUUUAUGGGCUUGACUGUUGCAUUAGAUGAUGAUGGAAAAGCUGAAGGUCAGAUAUUCUGGGAUGAUGGACAAAGCAUCGAUACUUAUGAAAAUGGAAACUAUUUCCUGGCUAACUUUACAGCAGCUCAGAAUAUCUUGCAAAUCCAAGUCAUACACAAUAAGUAUUUAAAUGACUCAAAUCCUCUGAAAGUUGGAUAUAUUAAAGUUUGGGGUGUGAACUCUACUUAUGUGACACAAGUCAGUUUCACUUAUGACAACCAGCAAUUCAUAGAGACCAACUUGAAGAGUGAUCCUUCCAACCAGGCUCUAACUAUUCAAUUAACUGACAAGAAUAUCAACCUGGAAAAAUUAACCAAGGUUAUUUGGAUUCACGGUGAUUCUGUAGUUACCACUCCAACUAUAACAAGUGCCAACCCCAGGAGUACUCACCCAUCUCCAUCUACUGCUGAGUCUACCAGUGCUGAGACUAUCACUAGUUUCAGUAGUACAAAUACUACAGUGGACACUACUACCAGUGUUCCAAUCACAAUCACGCCUUCUGAAAGUUCUACUCACGUUACCACUACUCCUAUUGUUCCUGAUACAGCUACUACACUUACAAGUACUUCUGUCCCCGUCACAUCCACAAAUUAUACACUGAAUGUUACUUACAUUACAACUAGUACCACUACCCCUCACACAGCCACUCCUUUCUCCAAAAGUUCUAUUGCCACUAGUACUAGUAUUAUUUUUCCCAUGAAAACCACAGAUUCUGCAACAAGUACUACUGGUGUUACAAAUGCUAGUAUAGUUCCUGAUGCAACUACUUCUUACCCUAAUAGUGAAAGCACCAGUACUACAGUUCCUAUGAGCAUCACUCCUAUAUCGCAAAAUACUAUGGAUGUCACCACUCGUACGUCUGCCUCUGACACAACUACUCCUUUCCAGAACACUGGGAGCACCAGAGUUACUAUUCUCUUCACAAACAGUUCUUCCUCAACUACUCCUAACAUCUCCACUGGUGCUACGGCCCCUGAUACUACUCAUUUACCCACUAAUGUGAGCACUAGUGCUACUGUUCCUGGCAGCACCAGUCCUUUCUCAGCAGAUACUACCACUGCCACCCCUGGUCCCGUUUCUGUUGAUACACCUACUCCUUUCCCUGCAACAGUGAAUUCCAGUGCUGCUGUUCCUGUGAGCACAAUUUCUUUCUCAGCAGAUACUACCACUGCCACCCCCGGUCCUGUUUCUGUUGAUACAUCUACUCCUUUCCCUGCAACAGUGAGUCCCAGUGCUACUGUUCCUGUGAGCACAAUUUCUCUGUCAGCAGAUGUGACCACCAGUACUGUUUCUCCUGAUACAACUGCCCCUUUUCCUACUACUGUGAGCACCAGUGCUACUGUUCCAGCCCAUACUCUUUCUUUACCAACAAAUACUACUGAAGUCACCACUAAUACAACUGCUCUUGAUACAAAUCCUUUCAUUACUCCUGUGAACACUACUCCUACUGUUCCUGUUAGCAUCACUCCUUCCCCAAUCAAUACUACUGAUGUCACUAACUCUACAACCCCUAAUACUAUUCUUCCUACUACUUGAACACCAGUGCUACUGUCCCUAUCACUACCAUUCAAGUGCUGCUGCUGUUUCCACUAGUACUACUGUUCCUGGUACAAUCAGGCCUUUCAUUAUAAGAACUACUAGUUCCAGUACUAAUGAAAUUUUUCAUAUAACCAUAAUGAAUUUCCCAGCAAGCACUGUAGUGUACUACAAUAUAAUCACUACUCUUUUAACUAGGACUCUUGUUCAUAGCAUUAAUAAUUAUAUUUCUGUUAUGGUUGAUUCAUUGUGUCAGCUUGAGAAGUUCAGAAGUUGAACCAAGAGACUUAGCAGGGAGCCAGGGCUUUUACUUUGUAAGUAUCCUCAUUCUGUGCAAAGGAGAGUGGGGAAAUUUUGUGUACUAUAUCUUCCCUGUGGGCGGGGGAGAUGGGGAUGGCCUGCAUACGCUAUAAGGGAGAAGAGGAGGCUUGAUCUCGCCCCAUUUUGCUCUGGCUCUGAUCAAAGCUUGGGAGAUUCUGGUCAAAUCUAGGAGGCAGAAUAUUGACAGAAAGCUUGCCAAUAAAGACCAGGAUCGGGAAGUUCCUGCUGGCAAGAAGGACUGCUUUGGUUGUUGGACUCCAGUUGAUAUAUGUUACAGCUUGGCAAAAGUUUGUCUGCAUUUUGUUUAUGUCCAGAGACUUUGCCUAAGACUAAGGUUAAAGGCAGUGGACUGAUUAAUCUGACAGAAGAAUUUUUUUUUUUUAUUUUAAAGAGGGUAAAAUCAAACAACAAAACAGAACAUAAGAAAGCAAUGUAAGAGUCAUAAAUUUCAAACCAGGACAAUCAGAGAUCUUCACUAUUUAUCAUAUUGUGUCUUGUUUUUUUCCAAAUAGUUGUCUGUAUCUUCACAUACAUAGAAUUCACACGAAACAACAUGGCAUAGAAGUGAUCUGAACAAGAUGAGGAAGGCAUUUUAGGACUUCAAGAUCAGAUGAUAGGGAAGUCAUCAAUGGUUGUCAUAGUGUCUCUAUUCUCUUCAAAAUUGCUGUUCAUACCUUCAUGUAUGUUGAAAUUAAACAAAAAAAUCACUGAACAGAGAAUAAUAGUAUUGCUGGAUUUAACAUCAUGGCACUAUGGAAUCAGCACUGGGUACUAUUGUGUUUCUUUUUCUGUAAAGUAGUUGUAUAUUUCAUCAUGUGUUAUAUAAUCAGUCUGACAGAAGAAAUUUCAAGGCAGUCAGAUGUUGAGAUGGUGGCAUGGCUAUUGUUAGGGAUUUUUUUUUUUGCCAGAUUUAUGUUGGGAAUCAAGAGCACAGAGCCCAGUAGGGUGAUUUCAAACAUGGAUUUGACCAGACAGGAGGCUCCAGUAAAGCUGUGGAUACAGACAUAGAGCCAAAGAGAUCUCAUUUGCUGAGAAAGAACAGGAGAAUUGAAAAGAUGGCCUGGAGGCAUCACAAAAGAGGCAGCAGGUCACAACACUUUGCAGUCUCAAAACUGCAAAAGUGAAAGACUUUGCUUAGAGGAGAAAAACCUCAGAACAACAUGUUCCAGAAUGGCAGCAGAGGCCCCAUGAGGUUCCAGAAUGGUGGAGGCAUAGCAAAGCUGUUCCUCACAAUCAGGUUUAGGGUGCCCAGUGAUCCAGGAACUUGACCCCUACAGCCAAGAGAAAAGAAAGCCUCGCUACUGAUCCUGCUACUAGCAGACCUUGACAUUAUCCACAUGGGGGCUGGUCUUAGGUGCAUACAGAAUGAGGGUUGUGAGGUUAAAAAGGCUUCCAUCCUGAUGUUAGAAGGUCUGGGAAGCCAGGCAGUGUGUUCCUGAGAGGGCAGUGUGUGAAGUUGUGAGCAUGAAGCCAAAUGUGCAAUGGAGAAUUCAGAAGUUUGGAAAAUCCAGGAGUGUGGAUUGUCUAAGGAAACUUAUAAAGAGAGAUCAAAGCCAGCCCAAAAGAGAAGCUGUGGGAGCUAAAGCCACCAGGAGUGCCAUGGGGAUGAAGCCAUGCAAACCCUUUGGCACUCACAAUUUGCUGCAGUUUGCUUCAGAUGCUGAAAGUACAACUACAGGACUUAAGGUUCGCCCUGCUGGAUUUUGGACUUGCUUUGGUUCCAAUGCUUUGUAUCGCCAUGUUUGUACCUUUUGGAAUGGGAGUAUUUAUCUUGUGCCACUGUAUAGGGGAAGUGUUUAACUUUGUUUUUGUUUGUAUAAGGGCUUAGUUUGGCUUACAUCCAGGAGGAUACUUAGGAUUUAGACUUCUGAGCAAUGCUGAAACUGUUAGGACUUUGGCACCUCUUAUAGAUGGACUGAAUGCCAUUUACACAAAGGAAUAAGUCUUUGGGAGGCCAGGGGCAAAAUAUUAUGGUUCUAAUGUAAUAUAAAGUUCAUUGACUUAAUGUUGGUUCUUAAGUAUUGCUAAACUGUGUUAUAAUGUUAAAGUUGUGAAAUGUUAAGAAUGCUUUGCCUUUGUAUCUGAAGGCUGGUUUAAAGAAAUAUGGCUGGUUAUCAAGUUGACAUGGGGUGGAUUGUUAUGGCAGAUACACUGUGUCACCUUGAGAAGUUUAGAAGUUUAACUGAGACACUCAGCAGGCAGCCAGGUUCUUAAUUUGUAAAUAUCCUCAUCCUGUGCAGAGAAGGACAAGGAGAUGCUAAGAGUGCUACAUCUUACCUGGGGGUGAGAGGAUGGCCUGCAUACAUUAUAAGGGAGGAGAAGAGGCUUGAUCCUGCCUCUCCUCCAUUUUUCUAUGGCUGCUGCCUUGAAAUGUUACCCCAGUUCCAUGCCGCCCUGCCUUGGAGCCAGCUGAUUAUGGACUGAAACCUCCACAGUGAGCUAAAUAAACCUUUCCUUCUUUCA